AUUAAUACUGUUACAUAGAAAGGGUACAGCAGCAUUGGAGGGCUAUAGUUCUCUUUCUUUCUGAGGGAAACGGGCAUAAUCCAAUCACAUAACAUAAAGUAAAAGCGAUAAACAUCACUUAUGUGUGUGCCUAUAAAUUAAUCAUCCCUUCUAUUUCUUGCCUCUCUUUUCUUUUCUUUGCUUCUUUUUAUUUUUUCUUAAUUGCCUUCGCGUGGCGUUUUCAUUGUUUCUUUCUAAAUUUGAUCAUCACGCUAAUAACAGAGUAAAAGCAUUAUUUAUCAAAGAAUAUGACCGAUUGUUCAGACUACCUACUACAAAAUAUGGCAAUGCCUACGUAUGACAAUGACAGUAAUGCCAGCAUGGUAAUGGCUUCUACUGUCGCAAGUAUGGAUUGUAAACCAUUAGCACCCAUAUCCACCUGGAACCAAUCAGCGGAGCAGCAACCAUAUCAUCAUAGCCGUCAGCAGACUUCAGCUAGUAAUGAUACUGUUCAGACGAGUACAACAAACUCGGACGCGUAUGUAGCAACCGGAGCUCCACUAACCACGCCCAAUAAUGAAGAUGAAAUUUUAACACCUGUUUCUAUUUGGGGACAACAACAGCAACACCAGCAAGCGUGUACGUUAGCAAACAAUGAUUCAACCAAUGGCAACUUAUUCUGUAGUUCCAAUCUAUCUAUGCCUUUGUCUACAGAGAAUUACGUGGAUCCAACGAUAUCCUUGUCAUUAGAUACUAUACCAUCCAAUUCAUUCUGUUGGGUACAGCAGCAGCAGCAGCAGCAACAACAACAACAACAAGCAGAUAUUAGCAUCCAUUAUGUACAAACCCCUUUUGCAAUUGAUCGUGCACGCCAUCAAAGUGUCAAUAAUUAUAAUAGCAACUAUCUCUACCAUCAGCAACUAUCAGCUACUGCUUCAAAUAGUAUUACUUCUCUUACUGGCAAUACUGCAACAGUGGCUGCCACGAAACAUAUAAGAGCAUCUACUUAUGCGCCUAUGUCCACGAUAACAGAAACACCAUUUCUCUCUUCAGGCUUUACCAACCCUUUUCUAUCAUUACAGACAACACCAUUUAUAACAAAUGAGAACUCUUUAUUACAUCCUCCCCCGGCACUAUCGCUAUCAUCUUCGGUCUCUGAUAGUAGCAAUAGCAGUAAGCAUAGUAGUGACAGCAGUAGUAGUAGAAAUGGUAGUAGUGCCACAAGGCAAGAUCCAAAUAAAUCUCUUAUUCCGACAGACUCGAUUGAAUAUGCCUCAUCUAAUGAAUCACCAACGGUACCAAGUCGCUGCUCUUCAAUAGCUGUUGCUCCUAUGAACGCUCUCAUAGCGACUGCUGCUGUCAUUGACGAUGAUACAAAUAGCAGUAAUAUAUCACAACAUUUACAACAGCAGCAAUUAUUAUUACAGACACGGCAAAG